GGAUUCCUGGCGGGAGGAAGGAGGACCGCGGUUGCUCCGCCAUCGUUGGGUCCCGGUGGCAAUGGCCGAGGUUCAGGUGGCGGCAGGCCCGGGAGAGAAGGACCGUGAGGAGGAGUCGGUGUCGUGGACUCCCGAGGUCGAGGUCUGCCUCUUCCACGCCAUGCUGGGUCACAAGCCCGUCGGGGUUAACCGACACUUUCACAUGAUCUGUAUCCGGGACAAAUUCAGCCAGAAUAUUGGACGCCAGAUCUCCUCCAAGAUAGUUUGGGAGCACCUCAACGUCAUGUACGACAUGCAAGCACUGCACGAGUCAGAAAUCCUGCCUUUUCCAAAUGGCGAGCGGAAUUUUGUUCUACCUGAAGACAUCAUCCACGAGGUGAAGGAAGGCAAGGCUGGAGCAGAGGAGGAGCUGAAGGCUGAGCUGAAGGAGGAGUUGCCAGAGCUGGCAGUGACCGAGGAAGGUAAUGCCAAGGUGGCAGAGAAGCUGAUGGUGAAGGAGAAGAUGUCGGUGGCGGGCGAGGCAGGAAGCAAGGACGUGGUCGACAAGCGGAAGAGAAACCGAUCCACAGCCAGCCUCUUGAGUGUGAACAGUAAUCCAGCGAGCCCAAGCGGCGCCAAGCGCAGGCGGGUGUAACGUCUGCAAGAUUGGAAUCUCCAGCUGUUCAGCAGCAAGACUGAGGAAAGGAGGGACAGUGACCACGAGGUCUGUAACCCCGGCUGGCCAGCCAUGGGGCAAGUGCCCCUUUGUCCCUCAAAUCUGUUAGAUCUUCGGUUCUUCAGCCCCGUUCUGUUGCACUCCACCCUGUCCAGGUCAUCAGAUGUGCAAGGGACUGUUCAGUCCCUUCUGGCAGACAUCCCCAAAUUUCCUGAACUGUGCUGGACCCAUGGGGAGG